AUGGUAUCUAUACUAUCUUCAAAUAUUGUUUUGACGGUAGCUGGCCUACUCUUUGUCUAUGGCAUUUACCGUCUAUUCCAGGUUGGCAAACGGGACCCACGACUACCCCCUGGUCCUCCAACGGUGCCAAUUCUCGGGAAUAUGCUGGAUAUCCCUAGCACUGGUCUGGGCAAAAAGUUCAUGGAAUGGUCGCAUAAAUAUGGGAAUAUAUAUUCCCUCAAGGUCGGAUCGGGGACCAUGAUCGUUAUUUGUGAUCGCAAAGCUGUCCAUGAAUUGAUCGACAAAAAAGGCAGUAUCUACUCUGAUAGGCCACCUAACAUUGUUCCGCUCUUUAUCACUCGUGGGAACCAUAUGACCAUGGAAUGUCAAACUCCCUCGUGGCGGGAAAAGCGAACGGUUGUAACAAGAAACCUCAACCCCAAGUCGCUUGAUGAGAAGCAUUUCCGCGUUCAAGAAGCCGAAGCCGUCCUUUUUUUGAAUCGAUUAGUCGAAGAACCGACGAAAUUCUUCCCCUAUGCUAGACUGUAUGCGUCAUCGGUUGCGGCGGUAUUGGCUUGGGGUUUCCGUGCAAAGAGCCUCGACUCCUUCUGGUUCAAAGAUGUGUCCGAGAUGAUUGAAGAGUGGCUUGAAGCAAUUGAGCCUGGAGCAAACCCACCUGUGGAUCUAACCCCUUGGUUGUGGUAUAUGCCAGGUAGUUGGAAGAAGCGCGCUUACCGUAUGCGUAAAAGAAUGGACACUAUAUGGGGUAAAGCGCGUCAGCUGGUGGAAGAACGUCGCACCCGUGAUGACAAACGUGAGUGUAUGAUUGACAUGAAACUGGAUGAUUACAACAAGGAUGGUUGGCCGAUGAGCCAGCAUGGUUUCAACAACCUCUUUGGCGAGCUUAUGGAGGCCGGCGCCGACACCACUGCGAAUCAGAUUCUGACCUUGAUUCUGGCCUUGGCUAAGAAUCCCAAGAUCCAAGAAAAGGCCCGCAAGGAGAUUGAUGCCGUUUGCGGGACUAAGCGAGCUCCGCUAUUCUCCGAUUUUGAAAAGUUGCCUUAUAUUAACGCUAUUGUGAAAGAGGGUCUCCGCUGGCGCCCUACAUCCGACCUGGGACUUCCUCAUACAGUCACAAAAGAUGAUUGGUACGAUGGCAUGCUUAUCCCCAAGGGAAGCACGAUCUUUGUCGGCGUAUGGGCUAUGCACCAUGAUGAGAACUAUUACCCCGACCACGACACCUUCAACCCGGACCGAUUCGUGAAUCACCCGAAACUGGCAAGCGACUAUGCAGUCGGCUCUAACUAUGAGAACAGAGAUAAAAUCUGCCCUGGCAUUCACCUGGCUGAACGUAGCAUGUGGCAUCUUGCUGCUAAGCUACUCUGGGCCUUUGAAUUUGAGGAACCCAUUGACCCGAAAACUGGCAAAGUUAAGCUCUUGGACCCCAACGCAUAUACAUCCGCCAACCUGGUAUGCCCUCUCCCGUUCGACGUGCGGAUAAAGCUUCGUAGCCCGGAGCAUGGCGAGGUGAUCAAACGGGAAUUGGCAAACGCAGAAGAAUUUUUGUCUCAGUACAACUAA